ACCAAUAGCAGUGAUAUGUGGGAAGAUAGUGGUAGGGAUCCCAUUCAGCCACCUCCUAUAACUAAGGAAAGAAAGAUGAAGAAGGGAAGAAAGCCUAAACAAAGGAGGAAGGAGAGUGCUGAGUUGGAAAACACAAGUAAGAAUGGAAAGCAUAGACUGAGCAGGAAGGGAGUGAAGCUAAAAUGCUCUGUAUGUCGUGAGCAUGGGCAUCGGAAAGACUUCCACAAAAACAAUCCAUUACCACAACAAGAAGGUGAGCAAGGAAACUCCACUACACAGGCUACUACUUCUGGAAGAAUGAACAAAUUACUAGUAAGUUAAAAAAUUUGUUCCAUAUUUGAAAAUACAUCAUUAUUUUGUACUAAGAUAUUUGAAUGUUAAUGUUUCAUAUAUUAUUGUAGAUUCAACGUAAAAUAAUCGGAGUACAACAAGGUAUGACCCAAUCUUGCUUUCAAGCAUCACAGGUGUGUAUCACAAUCCCAAUGCCUUUUGUCUAGAUGAUGUAUGUUUAGAGAAUGUUCUUUAAAUGAUGUUUGUUUGUUUUUUGUGAUAGGAGAGUGACAUUUUAUUUCAGAGCUAGGAGGCUUUUUGGACAGAUUUCAACGCUUGGAUAUGGUCUCGAUUGAAUUUUGAGUUGAAGUCACGACUUCUAUUUCAAGUGAUGCCCCAGAUUCUGCAUGUUUUAGUACCCCAAGUUCUACUGCAAAUUUUUUUAGACUUGAUGUGUGUGAUUUCAUAUUGGAAAAUUGAAGCGGCAUAUUUGACUUAUAAUUUCAUGAACGAGUGACUGCAUAAUAUUAUAUGGUUCCUUUUAUUUAUUUUUUCCCCUCUGAUUGAUUAAAGAAAAUAAGAAUUGUGCUCCACUAAACAGGUCCCUAUCAAAUUAGAAAAUCAUAAUACGGUGGGAAAAAAUCUUUCUAUACCAGGUAAAACCAGAAUAAAAUUUUAAAUUUAAACAAAUGUUGUCAAAGAUGUUGUAGCUCAAUUGGUUAAAUUGUUAGCCUCCUUUCGGCUGGCUGGUUGUCACACAAUGGUCUCAGGUUUGAGGCCAGCUCCCAGCAAUAAUUUUUCCUUUUUAUCUUAGGUUAAACUUGGGAGUGACAUGGCAGAUUAAUGAGCUGUCCUCCAGCUUGGAGGUGCCAUGUCAGCAACGUUAACGCUUUGUCAGUACCGUUAACAUGACAUCCAUGAGGUUGGAAAGAAAGUGAUGGAUGGUGAGUUUUUAUAUAAAGUUUAGUGGUUUAGUUAAAUUAAAAACGAGUUCAGUGGUAAACUUGAAUUAAUAUAGCAAGUACAGUGAUCAGUGAUACUUUUCACCCGAAGCAACAACAAUGAUGUUGAAUUACAACCGUUGGAAAAUAAAGUGUGAACAUUUGCUUGAUGGUAAUUUAGCUAUUGGUAAGAGUUCUUCGUUUGGUUGGUGGUGAUGUGAAACCAUCUAUUGGUUUCGUAAAUGAAACGGUUGUGAAGGAAAAGAGGGAGUUCGGCGAAAAGACAUUUGUUAAUGUGGAGAUUUGCCACCAUCUUCUUAUAUGAAUUAUUUUUAAAUUCUUAUUAUAUACAUGACAAUUCUUCUUCUAAAAAAAUGUGGAAGUAGUAUUGAACCGAAAAUACAAAAUAAUAAGGUUUUAUUUUGUCUAUUUUGUCAUCCAAAGGAAAAUGUUAAUCUUUUUUCCUUUUUAAAUCGAACUUUAAAGAAAGUAUCUUAUCAAGCAUAUCUUAACAAUUAUUUUAAUUUUACAUAAAUCCCACUUAAAAUAAUAUGUGUCGGUCCAAUGGUAUGGAUUCUCAAAUCUCAACCCAAUCGCUGGCACAAAUAAUUGAUUUCCAGGUUCGGCAAAAAGAGAUCAGAAGAAAUACGACAACCCAAAACAACUAAACAAGAAAACAAAUAACAAUGGCUUCUGCCGCAACUACCAAUCCAGGUUACGAUCGGCUAGCGGAGCUGAAGGCGUUCGACGACACAAAAGCCGGAGUGAAAGGGCUAGUGGACGCCGGAAUCAAAGAGCUCCCUCGGAUCUUCCAUACCCCGCCGGAUUCCCUCAAUUGCAGACCCUUAGCUUCACCGGAGGAUCCCGAUUUCAUCCUCCCGGUAAUUGACCUUGAAGGUACGACGAACCCAGAAAGGCGCAAACACAUCGUCGAAAAGAUUAAAGACGCCGCAGCAAAUUGGGGGUUCUUCCAAAUCGUCAACCAUGGAGUCCCUGUAAGCACCCUGAAUGAGAUGAAAGCCGGAGUUCGCCGGUUUUUCGAUCAGGACGUGGAAGUGAAGAAGGAAUUCUACGGCAGCGACCUGACCGGGAAAGUCGUCUACUCCAGCAGCUACGAUCUGUACACUUCGCCGGCGGCGACCUGGAGAGAUUCCAUCCUCUAUCAUAUGGUACCGGACCCGCCGGAAACAGAGCAAAUGCCGGCCUGCUGCAGGGGAAUUGUGACGGAGUACUCAGGGGAGAUGGUGAAAUUGGGGGAUUUGCUUUUCCAAUUGUUGUCGGAGGCGCUGGGUCUGGGGACAAAUCGCUUGAAGGAAAUGGGCUGCGCCGACGGAAUGGCGACCCUGUGCCAUUACUAUCCGGCUUGUCCUCAGCCGGAGCUCACAAUGGGAAUCCAUCACCAUGCCGAUCUGGGUUUCAUCACGAUUCUUUUGCAGGAUGCCGUCGGAGGGCUUCAGGUUCUUCGCCGGGACUGUUGGGUUGAUGUGCCUCCUGUGCCGGAAGGUCUCGUUGUCAACAUCGGGGAUAUGUUUCAGCUGAUAUCCAACGGGAGGUUUCCGAGCGUGGUGCACAGGGCGGUGGUAAAGAGCGUCGGACCUAGAGUAUCCGUCGGCGCCUUCUUCCGUAAUGAAGCGUCGUCCGGUUCGAAAGUGUAUGGACCUAUAGCGGAGCUGAUAACGGAAAUGAACCCUUCAAAAUAUCGAGAAGUCACGGUUGGGGAUUUCUACAAGCAUAACGCAGGUGGCACGUACCUGCAGCAGCUUGAGUUAUGAGACAAUGCUUUCGAUACCGAAUAAGAUAAUAUUGUGUAAUAACGGUCUCGAUUUUGGGAUUUCAAAGUGUGGUAGUGUUGUAAAAUGGUACGAUCAGUGUUGUUAAUCAACUCGAUAAUUUCAUCGAGUAAAUGUACGAAUGUGAAUCACAUUAUGUGACAAAUAAAUUGACAAUGGAGUAUGGGUUCGCCAAAAAUUCUCAUUCCUUUCUAAUGUUACCAUCAUUACAAAAGAGAAACAAAAUCUGCCGGUUUUGAUCUUCUAGGGUAGCUAAGCAAUAAGCAUCAAAGCAUAAAGAUUGCCGGCCAAAUUCUGAGAAAGUUGUCCAGCAGAUGGGCUACAGUGUUUGGGUGAUGGGCUGAAGUGUUAUGGGCCGGAUAAUUUUUGUGACCAACUACCUGUCUUGACAUAGGCUCCAUUAAGACUAGAGCUCAAUUGAAAUACUGGGGGUUAAUGUUGGGACUUUUUAGGGACGAGGGUACACGUACGAUAGUCCGAGACCGGGUGACUAGGAUUAUGAUAGGGUUGUGAACAACGUUCAUUUUCCGUAAAGAAUAUUUCCACCCUCAACAAGUCUAGGGUUACAGGAAAUUUCUUCGUAGGAUAAAACUAUCACCACUUUAGGUUUCAGGCUUAAGUACCUAAAGCAUACUUAGAACUUUUAGUAGGAAGAAGAAUGAAUAUUUUGAUGUGUCAUUGUGUAUACUUUUCACAUGCAUCACCUCUUAUUUAUAGAGGCCGAACCAAUAUGUUGCUUCAAUCCGAAGCAGUACAUUGUUUCAAAGGAAAAGUUGCAACCGAUGGACAUAACCAUGGAUAAUGGUCAUUCACUUAACUGUCCUUAUCCAUGUCUUCCACCAGAAACCAUUAUUUCCAAAACGUGCCAAAGCAAAGCAACCCACCAUUUCAUUUAAAUGAAACGUUGCACGAGAU